CCGAAGGCAGCGACCGUUCUGUCUCUCUUCUGGUCUCAUUAUUUCUAAAUAUUAAUUCUUUACACGUUUUGCGCAAGUACCUGGGAGUACUGUCUGUAUUAUCAUCGGGUUCCAACUACUACUUGAAUUUGCAGAAACAUGUUCAGGUUUCUGGCUGUUUGCAUAUUUGGCGCUGUAUUGGUUGCCGGUCAGCCGGAUUUUGGAAUACUCAGCAAAGUCAAACCAGGCGAUGCUACUGUACAAGCUGUCGCUGAUGCCGUUAAAGCCAAGAUAGAGGAAAAGAACGGAGCCGGCUCUGCGACUUUGAACAAAGUUGUACAAUAUAAAACCCGUUUCGUCGAUAUGCCAACCGCUCACGGGGGACUGACCGGAGGUGUGGUCUAUUACAUGAAGAUUGAAGCUUCCCCGGGAAAGUACAUCCAGGCAGAUGUUCUUCAAGGCGAUGGACGAAACGAACUCAGUCAAGCCAAGGCUACAACCAAAGACGCCGAAAUUGAGGAAUUUUAAUUUUUUCGAUUAAGUUUUGGAUGUGUGUUUAUGUUAUUUACGCGCGAACGAGUGAUGAUUCUUGCCGAUAAAAAUUUUGUGCUUGUGUGUUAGGUCAGCCUUUACGGACUUUGAUUUAUCUAACAAACGCAUGGACUGUACCUGACAUUGCAUGAUUAAAUGUUUUAAAUAUAUAAUAACAAUAUUUGUUAAACUUUACAUAAAAUUAAUAUUAUUUUGGAGAAGUAUUUAUGGUAUAUGCGCAUUUAAGAAAACA